AAAAAUGGUGAAGGGAAAUACUUGUCCACGAGAAGGCCACAAUAAUCUUCGUUUCCAAACACAUUCCAAUUUCCCCAUCUUCGUUUCUCUGUUUGCCCAAACCAUUCCGUACACUCAACUUGCCUGCAGAGGAAAGCUUUUUGCAGAUCUCGAAAUUCCCUCUUCUUUCAACUGACUCGCCGGACCUCUUGCCGCCAUGGGUGUCCCAGCCUUCUACCGGUGGCUCGCUGACCGGUACCCGCGAUCCAUCGCCGAUGUGGUUGAGGAAGAGCCACUCGAUGGCCCUAAUGGUGUCCUCUUGCCGAUCGACGUCUCCAAGCCUAACCCUAAUGGAAUGGAGUUUGAUAACUUGUAUUUGGAUAUGAAUGGCAUAAUUCAUCCGUGCUUUCAUCCUGAAGGCAAGCCUCCACCUGCUACGUAUGAUGCUGUAUUUAAAUCCAUUUUCGAUUACAUUGACCAUCUCUUCUCAUUGGUUCGGCCAAGAAAGGUUCUUUACAUGGCAAUUGAUGGCGUUGCACCUAGAGCUAAAAUGAACCAGCAACGCUCCCGGCGUUUCAGAGCUGCAAAAGAUGCUGCUGAGGCCGAAGCUGAAGAAGAAAGAUUAAGAAAAGAGUUUGAAGCUGAGGGGCAAACCUUAUUGCCUAAGGAGAAGCCCGAAACAUGUGAUUCUAAUGUUAUCACUCCUGGAACUGAAUUUAUGGGAGUGCUUUCAGUAGCACUUCAGUAUUAUGCACAAUCAAGAUUAAAUCACAACCCAGGGUGGAGGUUUACAAAGGUUAUUCUAUCUGAUUCAAACGUUCCUGGUGAGGGAGAACACAAAAUUAUGCAAUACAUUCGGCUGCAACGCAAUUUACCUGGUUUUGAUCCAAACACUCGACAUUGUCUGUACGGUCUGGAUGCGGAUCUGAUUAUGCUUAGUCUAGCAACACAUGAGGUUCAUUUUUCAAUCUUAAGAGAGGUAAUAAUGCUUCCAGGGCAACAGGAAAAAUGUUACAAUUGUGGCAAAGUUGGUCAUUUAGCAGCUGAGUGUCGUGGAAAGUCUGAUGGACCGGAAGAUUGGAAUGGAGCGGACGAAACUCCAAUUCAUAAGAAGAAAUAUCAGUUUCUCAACAUUUGGGUUUUACGAGAAUACUUGCAAUAUGAAUUGGACAUUCCCAAUCCACCUUUUGAGAUCAAUUUUGAGCGGAUAGUGGACGAUUUUGUGUUUUUGUGUUUCUUUGUUGGCAAUGAUUUUCUUCCACAUAUGCCAACCUUAGAGAUUAGAGAGGGUGCUAUUAAUUUAUUGAUGCACAUAUAUAGAAAGGAGUUUCCUGCUAUUGGUGGAUAUCUUACUGACGCUGGUGAGGUUUUGUUAGAUAAAGUGGAGCAUUUUAUUCAAGCUGUGGCUGUACAUGAAGACCAAAUAUUUCAAAAAAGAGCUCGAAUUCAGCAGGCACAGGAGAAUAAUGAAGAAAUGAGAGGUAGAGCUAGAAGAGAGAGUGGUCCUCCACCCCCACCUCCAACAGUUGACAAGAUCAAGUUAGGGGAGCCUGGAUACAAGGAGAGGUAUUAUGCUGAGAAGUUCAAUGCCAACCCAGCAAACAUUGCUGAAAUAAGACAAGAUGUGGUCCUGAAGUAUGUGGAGGGUUUAUGUUGGGUCUGUCGAUAUUACUAUUCUGGGGUUUGCUCUUGGCAAUGGUACUAUCCUUAUCAUUAUUCGCCUUUUGCCUCUGACCUUAAAAACUUGGCUGAUUUGGAGAUAACUUUUUUCCUUGGAGAGCCAUUUAAGCCUUUUGAUCAACUGAUGGGAACUCUGCCAGCUGCAAGUUCAACCGCCCUUCCUGAGAAAUACAGAAACUUGAUGACAGAUCCAUCGUCGCCUAUCCUUGAAUUUUAUCCUUCAGACUUUGAGAUUGACAUGAAUGGAAAGCGAUUUCUGUGGCAGGGUGUUGCCAAAUUGCCUUUCAUUGACGAGAGAAAGUUGCUUGCUCAAACUAGGAGACUUGAAUGGUCUUUAACGGAUGAAGAGAAGAAUCGGAAUAGUAUUAUGCUUGAUUUGCUUUAUACACAUUGUACCCAUCCAUUAUCUGCACAGAUUUUCUCUUAUUACCAAGUUGCUAGUCAGCUACCUCCACAUGCAAGAACUUGUUGGGUGAUUGACACGAAUGCAAGCGGCGGGAUGAAUGGAUAUCUCUGGUUGUGUGAGAGAAAUGUAAUCCGAAAUGUUGUUCCGUCACCAAUCAUCGGUUUGCCGGAUAUCCAGUGUAAUCAAGUCCUAAAUGUUACAUAUCUUAAUCCUCAGAAGCACAAACAUAUCCCUGAACCUCCAAAGGGAGCAAUCAUUCCCAAAAAGGUUCUAAGUUCCUUGGAUAUCAAACCAUUCCCUACAUUAUGGCAUGAAGAUAAUAGUUCCCGGCGCUCUCAUGGUAGAGAACGGCCUCGAGUACCUGGAGCUAUUGCUGGCCCUCUAUUGGGAGAAGCAGCUCAUCGUCUUGUCAAAAACACUCUUAAUAUCAAAUCUAAUGGCUCAUCAUCAGGAUUUUUCGAACAACCCUAUUCACGCAAUUUCCCAGGACCACCUAUGUUCUCUCGACCACGACAAGUUGGACCAGGUUUUGAGACGGGGUAUGGCGAAGAUCCAAAUUAUAACUACGGCCACUAUAAUAAUUACCAAGGUGCAUCAGGUAGGCCAAGAUAUUCCCACUCUUCAAAUGGUAUGCCAGGUGACCGGCAAAGUUCUCGUGGAAAUGAUAGAGUACAGCUUCAUGAACAAUACAACAACGUGAGGACUGGAAUGUCUGCUUUGACAAUUGAAGAGAACGUAAGGAAUCGAUCUUCCGACGUUUUAACUCCUGGUCCUCCUCCUGCGAUGUUGCCAAAGAUGCUGAACGUCGGAAACUCAACAAACCAACAGAAUUUUACUCAGGCUACUGACACUCUUCCUUCCCCACCACACAAAUGGAUCAAUAGAGCACCAUCUGGAAAUAUAAUGCAUGCAAGACAACAAGAAAGUUUUCCGGGAGGGGUCAACGAGAAGCAAGUGAGACAAAUGUAUCUAGCAAAGACUCCAGUAUCCCAGAGCGGGUCAGGUUCUGGAAGCAGGCAGUAAUCACCGUUUGUUUGGUUCGUGUUGGUUGUUAUUCGAGCUACCCAAUGCAAGAGCAUUUGUACUUGACAUGGAUUUGAGUGAGGCACAUCCUAACACAAGUGCUUCAGCACGAGUCAUUUGGUGGAAUCACUUCUUGCAUUCUCGUUGUGUAAGUGAAGUUUUUAUUGAGCAACCGGGGACGACGUUUAGAGAUUAAACUAUUUGGAUGCAUGAAGAGAUUCGAGUCAGAAACAAUUGGUAAGAUCAUUUAAUGUAAUUUGUGCAUAUUGUAGCAAUGAAUUCAUCACAAACUGUAGUGUAUCUACAAGUUUUACCUCUAGAAAUUUCCCAACUUAGUUUGGGGGGUUCGAAGAGGAAUUGUAGAGUAGACGUUGAUUAUAGUGAAUCUCAUAGCACACAAGAUAUGUGUAGUUAGUUAAAUAGCUUGUCUUUGUACUUUUUUUUUUUUCUAUUUACUCCUGAGAGAUAGAAGAAAGACAAAAUAUGACUAAAGAGACAAAUGAUUAGAGAUA